AUGGCCUCCCUAGUAGUUUACACCUUCUCCUUGUGUGUCGGUCCGCCCUGCUCUCUGUGCAUCUCACGCGCACAUCAGAUGGAGGGCAUGGCAGCGCAGGUGAGGAGGAAGGAGCACGAGGAGGAGGAGCGCGAGCGCGCGCACCAGCAGCAGCACCAGCAGUGGGAGCAGCGGUGGCGCCAGGCAGAGGAGAGGCGCAGGAGGGCGGAGGAGUGUGCGGAGCGGGCGGAGAGUGGGGCAGCUAAGGAACAGCGGGAGACAACGCCGGGGGCAGGGGAGAGGGAGGGAAUCGUGGAGCAUGCGAGGGCAGAGGCAACAGCAGCCCGGCAUGCGGCACGCUACGCCCCUCCCAGCAUUAGAAGCCCCUCCAAGCACAACCAUAGCAGCGUCGCAUGCCCCCUCGUCUCCACCCUCUCUACCGCCCCUCUCAACCCUCUCUCUCUCGCACUCCCCUCGCCCCACCAGCCUACGAGGCAGCGGGGCAGGCAGCAGGUGAGGCUGAGCGAUCUGGACAUGGGGGGAUAG